AUGUCAACAGCGGCGCUAGACUCAAACUCACAAUGGGAUGGGAGAUGGAGCCACGUAGAUCAGCUGUUAGAUCGCCCCGGGCCUAGGACAGAUGAGGCAUUUGCCCCCGACGCGGCAAAAGAAUUCUUGCGAGACAAAUGCAAGGUACUGGUAAUCGGUGCUGGUGGGCUCGGCUGCGAAAUUCUUCCCAAUCUCGCGUUGCUGGGUUUCAAGGACAUCCACGUAAUUGACAUGGAUACGAUUGAUGUCAGCAAUCUAAAUAGGCAGUUCUUAUUUCGUCCCAAGGAUGUCGGAAGACCGAAGGCUGUGGUAGCAGCAGAAUAUGUGAUGAACCGAGUUCCUGGGGUCAAUGUCACUCCGUACUACGGAAAGAUUCAAGAUAAGGAUGAUGACUAUUACAUGCAAUUCACACUCGUAAUAUGUGGCUUGGAUUCUGUGGAAGCUCGAAGGUGGAUCAAUGCGACGCUGGUUAACCUUGUGGACAAUGAUAAUCCAGAAAGCUUGAAGCCUUUGAUUGAUGGUGGGACUGAAGGGUUCAAGGGCCAGGCCCGAGUUAUUUUUCCAACGGUCACCUCCUGCUAUGAGUGUUCCCUAGACAUGCUAAACAAGCCAACAGCAUUCCCUAUUUGCACGAUUGCCAAUACACCUCGGCUCCCAGAGCACUGUAUCGAGUGGGCUAGUGUUCUUGAGUGGCCUCGAGUCCAUGGAGACAAGAAGAUGGAUAGUGACGAUCCAGAACACAUUGGGUGGCUAUAUCAAACAGCAUCCGCUCGUGCUAAAGAGUUCAAAAUUGAUGGUGUGACAUGGUCAUUAACGCAAGGUGUGGUCAAAAACAUCAUUCCAGCCAUUGCGUCCACAAACGCCAUAAUUGCCGAUGUAGUAACCAUCGGGGAAGCAUCGUGUUGUAACGAAGCGUUGAAGAUCGUGACGAGCUGUGCCCCGUAUUUGAACAAUUAUUUCAUGAUGAUAGGAACGGAAGGUGUAUAUUCCUACACGUUUGAGCACGAACAACGGAAGGAUUGUCCCGUAUGUGGCGGAGAGGUUCUGGAUGUGGCGGUCAGCAGCGAGUGGACCGUAGAACGUUUUAUUGAAUGGCUUCAAGAAAAGCAGGAUGUCCAAAUCAAGAAACCGAGCUUAUCAUCGGGCGGUAAGAACAUUUAUCUCCAGGCUCCUCCACAGUUGGAGCAAGCGACCCGUCCCAACCUCGAGAAGAAAUUGUCAGAAUUGGUGUCCAAUGGUGGCGAUAUAACUGUGACUGCGACAACCCUUCCUUUCAACCUAACUCUCAGGGUCAACUAUACUAGCUCAUAA